AAGAUGUCAACUUUCUCUUCCCUUCUCCAUCCAUGUCAUCCCAAUCCACUCUUUCUAUAAAAAAGCCAAGAACUUGCCACCAAAUCUUCCCAUUCCUUACGACACCAUAGAGACAAAACAACAAAUUCCAAUCCAGAGAAAGAGAAAACCAAAUACAGUCAUGGCUGAUGAGUUCCAUGGCCUCAGCGGAAGCUGGUGGAGUUCCAUGAGAUGCAGCAGCGUCAAAGAGCCGCAGGAUUUGUGCUUCGGAUGGGCGCAAUCGUUGGCGGCUGACGGAAUCGCGGGCUGCUCCUUCGACAACUCUCCGGCAAGCUGUGUAACUUUUCAGGGCAUCCCAGCCAUGGAUUCUUCUUGUCAGCUUUCGAUUUCUGAUCUAUCGCCUUCUUCAGUUGAUCAGUGGGCUCAAUCCUUCAUGUAUGCUGAAGGCUCCGAUGAACCAUAUGCUAAUCUGAAAGAUACAAGCCAAGGCUUUUUAACUAUAGAUCCGAGUUCUUCAGAGUCCGCCAUGACAAAUCUCCCAGUUCUUUCGCCUUCUGGAUUUUCCCUUCUCGAUAAUCUUCUUGCAUUUGAAGCUAGACCUCACCAGCAAGACAACUCAGGCAAAAAUACAAGUUCUGAUUUCUGUUCUUUAGUUGAGCCCUUGCAGUUUAUGGACGCUGGAUUUGAGGAAAAAUCUUAUCUCAAUAAAUCUGAGCUUAACUCAGAAGAGAAUACAAGUUCAAGUAACUCAUCAAGAUCAAAGAAGCCUAGAAUUGCCACGCCAUCUCCAUUGCCAACCUUUAAGGUAAGGAAAGAGAAGCUUGGCGACAGAGUUACUGCACUUCAGCAGCUGGUGUCUCCUUUUGGAAAGACUGACACUGCUUCUGUUCUGCAAGAGGCCAUUGAGUACAUCAAGUUCCUCCAUGAUCAAGUCAGGACACUAAGCAGUCCAUAUUUAAGAACUGGGAGCCAAAUAAAUCAGCAACAGAACUCAGAGAGAUCAAAAGACAGCGAAGGCAGAAAGCAGCAACUAAGAAGCCGAGGACUUUGUCUUGUUCCCAUCUCAAGCACAUUCGCAGUGGCCUGCAGUAACAUCCCACCGAUUGAUUUCUGGACUCCUCCAUUUGGUAUGUUCAGUUAUACAUGAGCAUGCACGAAGAAGGAGCAAGUUUGAAGAGACUGCAGAAAAUGGUUAGUAUUACUAGUUUCUUAGAUGAGAAAAAGGAAGAAGAAGGUUCGAGAAGACAAGAAAUCAUGUGGCAGCCAGCCCACCGGCAUUUAAUUUCAUGGUAUUUUUUAUGAACAAAGCUUUUCGAACUAGCAAAAAUAAUA